GUUCACACUUCCAAUGUUCCACACCCAAGAAUCGUGUAGUCAAGUAGUAGUACCGUAGUACCGUACUCGGGGUAGGCUCUUUAUGUCUCCCUUAUCAGAUAGUCUCAGACCCAGUAAGCUCUCUAAGUACCAAGCACUGGCAUCGGUGAGUUGUGAGUUGUGAAAUCGCCGGUGGAAACCGCUGCCGCAGCUGCUGCACCCGCCACAACUCAAAAAAACCUCUUGCAGCUCUAAACUUACUUGGUCACCACAACCCCAGCUCAAGGCUUUUUGGAUUGCAGCCAAACAGUUGCCACACUUACUCUUGCUAUCUCGAAAGCCUAAAAAGAGCACUCUAUUCCCUCCUCCUCUUCAUUCUGAUCUCUCUGAACAUUCAACUUAGCAACCGAUAGCAAGAUGAUGAGUAACAACGAUUAUUCUGACCUCAGCGGACUGAGCCGCGAUGAGCUUCUUCAGCUGGUGGUUGCGCAGCAGUCCCAGUUGAGAACUCAUCAGCAUCAUCAGACUACUAAUUUUUCGGGGCUAACACAGCAACGAUCCACUGGCCUCACCGCUGCUUCUCUUCUUCAAGAUCGCCUGUUGGCGCAACAGUCGCUGGGAGCAGGGACAUCGGCGUCGUUGGGUGGAGGGCAGCAUCUAUCCUCGUUGCUCGCGGUUCCACGAGCGGCCACUUCUGGCGCUGGAAUGGCGGACUUCUAUCUUCGACGACGAGCCGCUGGUCUGACGGCACCAUCCCACCAAGCGGACCCUGUAUCCGCGGCAUCUGCCACGGAUCUCUUUCAAGCAAGACGCCUCGCAAGCUCUCUGGGUGCAUCUGCUCAGAUGCGCGAAUUCAUGCUUCGUCAGGAACUCUUGGGAACAUCCAGCGCCGGUGGUAGUAAUACUCUCGCACCCGGCUCGUAUUCGACUGUUACUCACAAUUCAACAGGGACAACUGAUUUGCCCUCGGAAGGAUCGAACGAAGACAUUAUAUUGCGUCGUCUCAUCACUGGAACUGGACAGCCGAGACCUGCUGCAGCAGUUGCCGUGCACCAGCCACAGACGUCGUCUCGCGGCAGUUUCACUUUCGGGAGCGCUGCGGCGGCAGGCACAAACACUCCAAGCCCGCACGAGAUGACCACGGAAAUUCUCCUCGGAAUGUCCUCUAGCGUACAUGGUGCUCGAGUGCCUCCUACCACUCGAAGAGUCGAGUCGCACCCCUCGGAGGCUGUAGUGGAAUCCAAGGCUCCAGGUGUUAUUGGGGUUGCCGGAAAGAACGCGGCACCAGUUGGCGCUGCAGCUGCUGCCGCAAAGAAGAAGACCAAGCGUCCCCUCAGUGCCUACAACAUCUUCUUCAAGGAAGAGCAUGCCAAGAUUAUUGCUCAAAACGAGCGAGAAAAGGCAGAGAAACAAGCACGAGGGGAAUCUAUCAACAGUGACGAUGACUACUGCGACUCGGAUGACGAGAACGCGGCUGUGGACGUCACCAAGACCAAGGGAAAGAAGAGAAAACGAUCCUUGUCGACGAAUCAGCCCGGAAAGAGGGGAAAGCGACAGGUCGAUUUUGAAAAUUUGACCAAGGUAAUUGGAAGACGAUGGAAGGAGCUGCCUUCGGAGCGUGUCGAAGAAUACAAGAGAAGAGCAGAAGAAGCCAUGCAAGCGUAUCGAAAGAACCUCUUCCAGAAGAUCCGCAAUUCCGUCAAGGAAGAUCAAGCCUAAUUGGAAUUGAUUGAGCUGAUGGCCUCGGUCAUAUGGCUCCUGGGAUCCACACACUCAACGCGCACAUCUUUCGAUCAUCAAGGGUGCUUGAACAUGGCACCCUCUUUAAACGAAGUACAUAAAUUCAUUCAUUCAUUUCCCAACACUGAUUAUGCAACUUCCUUA